AUGUUGCGGAAUCUCGGUCGAUGGGUGCCUCAUGUUUCGAAGCAGUAUGACAUGGACAUGGCACUUUCUCUCCUCACGCUCAAGCGCAGGAAA